CGGAACUCCGCUGGAAAAUCGCAUCGGCAGCUUGAGGGAUCAGAAUCAGACUCAGACUCUCUCCACCCCAACGCCCGCAUGGGUCUCUACGACGAUCUCCUUCGCAACGGUUACUAUACAACUAGGCUUUGGAUCGGAACUCCUCCACAGAAAUUCGCUCUUAUCGUUGAUACAGGGAGUACUGUUACUUAUGUUCCGUGCUCUACCUGUGAACAGUGUGGUAGGCACCAGGAUCCAAAGUUCCAACCAGAAUUGUCCAGCACCUACCAACCUGUGAAGUGCAAUAUUGAUUGUACCUGUGACAAUGAUGGGGUGCAAUGUGUUUAUGAGAGACAGUAUGCUGAAAUGAGUUCAAGCAGUGGUGUUCUUGGUGAGGACAUUAUAUCCUUUGGCAAUGAAAGUGCACUUGCACCCCAGCGUGCUGUUUUUGGUUGUGAGAAUGUGGAAACUGGUGACCUUUAUAGUCAACAUGCUGAUGGCAUAAUGGGUUUGGGUCGUGGUGAUCUAAGUGUUGUGGACCAACUUGUUGACAGAGGUCUGAUUAGUGAUUCAUUCUCCUUAUGUUAUGGUGGGAUGGAUGUUGGUGGUGGUGCAAUGGUUCUUGGUGGCAUUUCCCCACCUUCUGACAUGGCGUUCACCUAUUCAGAUCCUGUACGCAGUCCAUAUUACAAUAUUGAGCUGAAGGGAAUAAAUGUUGCUGGGAAGCCGCUGUCUGUAAACCCUAGUGUUUUUGAUGGAAAACAUGGAACCAUCCUGGAUAGUGGUACUACAUAUGCUUACCUGCCAGAAACGGCAUUUCUAGCAUUUAAGGAUGCUAUUACUAGAGAACUCCAUUUGCUUAAACGGAUUCCUGGUCCUGAUCCAAAUUAUAAUGAUAUUUGCUUCUCUGGUGCUGGAAGUGAUGUCGCGCAACUGUCAAAAAUCUUUCCAGUUGUUGACAUGGUAUUUGGCAAUGGAGAGAAGCUGUCACUAUCUCCUGAAAACUACUUGUUUCGGCAUUCGAAGGUGCAUGGUGCAUAUUGCUUGGGAGUUUUCCAAAAUGGAAAGGAUCCAACCACCUUGUUAGGAGGAAUCCUUGUCCGCAAUACUCUUGUAGCGUAUGAUCGUGAGAAUGAAAAAAUUGGUUUCUGGAAAACUAAUUGUUCUGAGUUAUGGGAAAGACUUAACAUUACUGGUGCUCCUCCACCUAUGCCUUCAGCUUCUGAUAGAACAAACUCAACUGCAGAAGUGUCACCUACAGUGGCUCCUACUGCACCUGUACAGCAAAUGGGGGAACUUCAAGAUGGACUCAUAACAUUUUACAUGUUGUUGAGUGUGAAGUAUGCAGAUUUGAAGCCCCACAUCACUACGCUAGCUCAUUUUAUUGCACAUGAGUUAGAUGUUAAUACUUCACAGGUCCACUUACUGAAUUUUACUGCCAAAGGAAACGAUUCUCUAAUAAGAUGGGCCAUUCUACCAGCAAGAUCUGCCAAGUACUUUUCCAAUGCCACUGCAGUGAGUAUUAUUGCACCGUUAGCUGAACAUCGUGUCCGGCUUCCUCCUAACUUUGGAAGUUAUCAAUUGGUUGAAUGGAAUAUUGAGCCUCCACCAAAACAGACGUGGUGGCAGCAGCAUUACAUGGUUGUAGCUGUAUCAAUUAUUGUCACACUAGUUCUUGGAUUAUCAGCAACUGGGGUAUGGAUUGUUUGGAGACGGAGGCAGCAAACACUUGUUUCAUACCAGCCCGUUGAUGCUGCUAUUCCUGAGCAAGAACUCCAGCCGCUAUGAACACACAAAUCAUCUUGGCCCUGUGAUUUAAAUAUUAUGGUGCAGCAUUUUUGGCCCUAGAGUCAUAAUUGAUUUCUGCAAGCACAGCUACCAAACUGAUCGAAAUUUUGUUUUAAGGACAUAUACUAACCUUUCAGGGCUUUCUAUGAUGUUUGAUUAAACUGGGAUAGAACUGUUCAGUAUGUCACAUAUAUAGAAAUUUGUAUAUGAAUAUUGUUAAGACCUCACUGAAUCAGAGGUCUGAUCAAUAAGUGGAUUUGUGAUUUGAUUUGA